AACAGUAACAAUGCUCAGACUCCAAUAAGGGUGCGGCACGAUGAUGCAUCCUCCUCCAAAAAUCCUGCCUCCCUGCGGACCACUGAGCCAUGCGCACCAGGCUGAAAGUCUGCGCGCGUGUGGGGCCCCUUAAAGAGAAGCGCCGAGCAGACGGCACAGACUUUCCCACUUGAAGAAUCAGCGAAAUGAGGAACAGCGCCAACCCGGCACCAUGCGCUCCAGGCUCCCAAGGACCGCCUGCAUACUGCGAAUCAUUGCACUUUGCAUCCUUCUCUCGCACGCCGCAGCUUAUUUUGGACUGACAGGCCGGGAACCUUUGGUGUUUUUACCAGGUCCUUUUCCCAAUGACGCUCCAACAGGAAAGGCCCACCUGAAGCAGUGCGAGCAGAUGACUCUGACCAGGCGGCAGAAGAGACUGUGUCGCAGGGAGCCUGGUUUGGCAGAGACGCUCCGGGAGUCUGUGCGCCUGAGCCUACUGGAGUGCCGCUAUCAGUUCAGAAACGAGCGCUGGAACUGCAGCCUGGAUGGCAGAGGGAGCCUCCUGAAAAAAGCUUUCAAGGAGACCGCCUUCCUGCUGGCCGUGUCCUCUGCAGCACUAACCCAUGCACUCGCCAAAGCGUGCAGCUCGGGACGCAUGGAGAGGUGCACGUGUGACGACUCCCCCGGGAUCCAGCAUCGGGAAGCGUGGCAGUGGGGGGUUUGCGGGGACAACCUCAAGUACAGCACCAAGUUUCUGAAGAAGUUCCUCGGACAGAAGCGAGUCAGCAAGGACCUGAGGGCUCACAUGGAAGCCCACAACAUCAACGUUGGCACUCGGGCAGUGAAGAGUGGUCUGAAAACCACCUGCAAGUGUCACGGCGUCUCCGGCUCUUGCGCCGUACGGACUUGCUGGAAGCAGCUGUCGCCCUUUCACGACACGGGACGGCUGCUGAAGUACAGAUACGACACCGCCGUCAAAGUACUGAGCGUCACCAACGCGGCGACGGGAGAGACGGAGCUGGCGGGCCCUCGCCGCCACAGCCAGAGUCCUCGCACCACCGAUCUGGUCUACCUGGAGGACUCCCCCAGCUUCUGCCGGCCCUCCAGGUACUCGCCGGGCACAGGGGGGAGGUCGUGCGCCAAAGACACGAGCUGCCAGAGUUUAUGCUGUGGACGCGGCUACAACACGGCCAUGCACCUCACCAGCCUGUCCUGCCACUGCCAGGUGCGCUGGUGCUGCCAUGUGGAGUGUCAGACGUGCGUGAGGGAGGAGGAGAGGUAUACCUGCAAAAACGCUUAACAGACUUGGGGAGACAAAAAGAGAAAACUAAAGGACUUUCAUCUGUUUGCUGACUUGCAUGCUCUAUUAGGCGGAAUAUAGGAGUGUAAUUUUGACUUGAUACUAAUCCCCAUAUUUAACAGCUUACUGUAGGUGAGGAUGUUUUCACACUUCCACGCUUUUCUCUGGCUGGAUGCACUGAAGUUUUGGAAAACAAGCUCUUCAAACAGAAACUGGACUGGAUUCAACCAGCCUUGGUUGCGGCGUCAAACCACAACUGCCUUUGAAACUGACUUUACUGUUGUGUAGCUCCCCUCCCACAUUUGACUAUUUAUUGUGCUAGUCUUUGUGUCUGUUAUACUGCUGCUUUACACGUUAAAUCCUGUCAUCAAGUGAUGCCAAAGAGGCUCAAGUGGACUUGGGGAGGAAUUUACCUGUCUGUCUUUCUGACUGCUGUUUUCUGCUGUGGAGAACUUAAACGUUCUUUUCUGAGUAAAAGCACUUAAGUGUGUUAUAAAGUGUGUUGUUUUAAAGUGGCAAAAUCACUGGAUGCUUCAAAAAAAAGGGGGGUAUCACUGACAAUACAACUGCAUGCAUUAACAGGGUUAUUGUGUAAACAAAGAAGCUGGGUUUCAGUUGAGCUUAUGGAAAUCUCUAUGGAAAUGUGUGCCGAGCAGAACAAAGGGAAAGGUUAACAGUGAAGGAACACUGUCUUUUAAAAAAUCGGCUUCAUGUAGGAGCACACCGGCUCUGCUCUCCUGUUUUUUUUGUUACUUUCAACUGAACUAUUUGGUCAUCAAAGCCUAAAUUAGCCACAUCUUUGUUCUACGAGUCUUUGAAGUGGGUCAGUCAUGCUCCCUAUUUUCCCCCCUAAUUGCUAAUCAAAGAAAAUCACUGUGUUUACUCCUCUAAUAUCCAGCUCCACGUCCAUAUGUGCAGGUCAAAGGUGCACGCCGAACCCCAAAUCACAACAACCUGCAGACUUUAUGUUUUUUUAGCAAAGAGAUUCUCGGGCUCCAGGCGUCUGACAUUGUGGAAUCAUCAUUUUCUACCUCACUUCAACUUUUGGCAAAAAAAAAGUAAGAUUUAUGGGCUACCUUCUCUGUAGAUACAUGUCUCUCCCUCUGCAUUCGUCGUAUCUAUCAUAUUUUUGCUGUUUGUACAGGUCCUGUGAAUGUGUCGAUGUUGCUUCACACUUUUAUUUAAAGCAAAUAAGAAAUAAUAAAAAGGCCUACAUUUGUAAGUCUGA